AUGGCCACCAUGUUGCGUAACUUCAUCAUCAUCGUGGAGCGUACGCGCCCACAACUUGAUGGAUUCAUAGCAAGAAAUUUUGCAAAUCAGAAGUCAGUUCUGGGAACAGUCUUAGAUCCAUUUGCUGACAAGAUUUUGAUGUCAGUGGUGACUGUCUCUCUUACCGUGGUGUCUCUCUUACCUGUUGCUCUGACUGCAUUGAUUCUGAGCCGAGAUGCUGUGCUGGUCAGCUGUGCAUUCUACUUCAGAUACAAGUCUCUUCCAUCGCCAAAAACAAUUUCCAGAUAUUUCGAUUUUAACUUUCCCACAGUGGAACUACGACCAAAUCUCCUUGGCAAGGCCAACACUGUUUUACAAUUAGCUCUUGUUGGCUGUUCACUGGCAGCCCCUGUCUUUGGAUUUGUGGAUCAUCCCCAUUUACAAUAUCUUUGGUACACAGUCGCCUGUUCAACUGUCAUGUCCAGCAUUAGUUAUGUUAUCAACUUCAAAGCCUCUGUAAAAUAUCUCAAUAAAUAAAUUAAUCAACUAUUUUGAAUUUCUAA